AUGGCAUUUUGUCCGAUUGGAGACGACGAACAAGGUUACGACCUGGAUUUGUUCUGCAUCCCCAAACAUUAUGCGGAUGAUUUGGAAAAAGUCUACAUUCCUCACGGACUCAUUAUGGACAGGACGGAGAGGCUAGCCCGGGAAAUUAUGAAAGGCAUGGGGGGCCACCACAUCGUUGCGCUCUGUGUGCUCAAGGGAGGCUACAAAUUUUUUGCUGAUUUACUGGAUUAUAUAAAAGCCCUGAAUCGGAACAGCGACAAGUCCAUUCCGAUGACCGUCGACUUCAUCCGCCUGAAGAGUUACUGUAAUGAUCAGUCAACUGGCGAUAUAAAAGUAAUUGGCGGGGAUGACUUAUCAACCUUGACUGGGAAGAAUGUCUUGAUUGUGGAAGAUAUAAUCGACACUGGCAAGACAAUGCAGACUCUGCUGUCCCUGCUCCAGCAGUACAAUCCAAAGAUGGUCAAAGUGGCAAGCUUGUUGGUGAAAAGGACACCCCGAAGCGUAGGAUACCGGCCUGAUUUUGUUGGUUUUGAAGUGCCGGACAAGUUUGUGGUUGGAUAUGCUCUAGAUUAUAACGAAUACUUCAGAGAUUUGAAUCACAUCUGUGUGAUCAGCGAGACCGGAAAAGAGAAAUACAAGGCAUGAUCAGGCCGGUUCCAUCCGAUUGCGGCGAGACCUCGAAGCCGAUACCCGACACCUGUCUUCGGCUGCCUUUCGGCCAAAUCACCAGCUUCAGAUUGUGGAGUGACUCCCUCGCUCUCGUCAUAUCGCUUGCUCUAACUUAUUGCAUGUACAGUUAUGGGAAACUCAUAUUGUUCAUUUACAUUUGGGAAGUUAAGGAAGUUUCCACUUUCCCUUUUUUUAAAUUUGCACUAUGCAUCUCCUCCUCCUAGCCCCUCCCUUAAGAAAAACAAAUCUCUCUCUUUCUCACUUGCCCCCCCCUUUUAAAAACCUCAUCAGCUUAUGAAAUAGUUCUAAGUACUGUAAAUGUAUAAGGCAUUUUAAGAUGGGAAAUCUAUAUUAGUAAUAUUUUUUAAAAAAACAAGUAAUUUAAGUUUUAUAUUGUAAUGGAAUGUAAUUGAGAUUUGGGGUGUGGGUGGGGUGGUAAACAGGCCGCUGUUCCAGGGGUGGGUGCUGGGAAAGAGGCACACGGAGCACCUUCGGAUGGUUUUGGUGUUCUUGAAGGAGCAUUGAUGCUGUUCUGCUGAGCUGCUUUUUGGAGUUGCUUUAGUUGCCUUUUGCAGAGUUAAAGGAAAGAGCCUGUUUGGGUCUGGGAGGGAAAGGUGACAACAUCAAAAGUUCAGGAUUUGGCUGCACUGGCGGUGCGCGGUUUUCCGCUCGCCUCCUUUGGCUAAAGGCUGAUCGAAGGAUGCUUCAUACAGCCGGCAACACACAAGUUCCCCACGGCUUGUGUUCUCCGUCAUUCUUCUUCCAUCAGCUGAGUUACGUUGCCUUUCAGACCCAACCAUCGUCCUCGUAUUUUACGUCAGAGAAAAAACAUGAUUGUAACGCUGACCGUUUGAGGUGCACAAAGCGGAUGUACUUUAAAAUAAAAGCUGUUUCUCCCAAGAGGCAGCUGAGCUGGCUCCACCAUAUACU